AUGGCUGAAUCAGAGCACUAUGUUGAUAACUUUUUGUUCUUUUGGUUGCAGCAUGAAAUUUCCCAUCUUGCACAUGUAAUGCGUGAUAUAGAAAAAGAUUAUGAGUUUGCUGUAGGAAUGGUGUUUUCAAAUGAACUCGAAGCAUACCAUAAGUAUGUGGCCUAUGCAACCGGCAAAGGAUUUGGGGUGAGGAAGGGUUAAAUGUUUAAAAAUAGAAAAUGAGAAUUAACUCGACGGACUUUUGUGUGCAAUUGUGAGGGGCAUUCUCUUAGCUCUUCUGAUAAAGAAAAGAAAUAUGAGAGGUAUGAAGUUAGAUGUGGUUGUCUUGCUCGUAUCAAAUUUAAGGUUGACAAUGGUGUCUAUGAAGUCAUUGAGUAUAUUUCUGAGCAUAAUCAUGCAUUUAUUCCGGAUGAUCAAAAGCAUUUGAUUAGAUGUGGAAGAAUCAUGUCUGAAACUUGUAAGGGUGUAUUAGUUGAUAUGAUUAAAGCCGGCAUUAGGGGAACAACAGCAUAUAAAUUUCUAGCAAAUGAAGCAGGAGGAAGCAAAAAUUUGGGUUUCAACCUCCGUGAUUGUCAAAAUUAUUUGCAGACGAAAAGAGCCGAUGGUAUAAGUGGGGGAGAUUGUCAAAGUGUUCUAAAUCAUUUUCAUUUGAUGCAAAUGCAAAAUCCAAUGUUUUUAUACGCUGUACAGGUAGAUCAAGAUGGUAGAAUGACAAAUUUAUUUUGGAGAGAUAGUAUGUCGAAAUUUGAUUACGACUGUUUUGGUGAUGUGCUAGUGUUUGAUACCACAUAUCGUACCAACAAAUAUAAUAUGAUAUGUGCACCAUUUGUCGGGAUUAAUCACCAUUGGAAGAAUGUUCUGUUCGAUUGUGCAUUUUUGUUGGACGAGACUGCAGAAUCAUUUAUUUGGUUGUUCGAGGCUUUUUUGAAGUCUAUGGGAAAUAAGGCUCCAAAAACCAUGUUCACUUAUCAAGACCAAGCCAUGGCAAAAGCUAUAAGAAUGCACUUAUGUAUGGAUGUACAUCGGGGGAAGAAUUUGAAUCUACUUAGAAGGAAAUGGAAAAAGGAGUGGGAUACUGCGAAUAACACUUGGCUUCGGAGAUUAUAUGACAUUAGACACAAAUGGAGUUCAGCUUUUGGUCGCGACACUUUUACAUGUGGUAUAAGAUCCAGCCAAAGGAGUGAGAGCACCAAUAAUGUCUUCCGACGCAUGUCGACGAAGACAUUGACUCUUGUAGAGUUUGUUCACCACUAUGAAGAACAAGUGAAGCACAUGAGAGAAAUUGAAACUCAAGAUGAUUUCAGUAGUCGAGGCGAUCCUAAAUAUGCCAUUUUGGAUAAUGACAUCUUGACGCAUGCUGGUUCAGUGGUAGUUGUGUUGCCAUGCCUUGAAAGUGUUGAGUCAGAAAUCAUCGAUUACGGUAUUCCAUCUGCCUAUAUUUUGAAAAGAUGGACUAUGGGUGCCAAAGAAGGGAUUGUGAAUGACGAACCUCGUGAAAUGGCACCGAAUUCAUCUAAAUUUAAUCGAUAUUCGAUGUUAAUGCAUGAAUCCAUCGAAUUGAAUAGUUUGGGAGCCGAGGAUGAAAAUAUUAUGAAAAUAGUGAGGAAGGGUAUGGAAAAAACGAAGGCUCAAAUUAUGUCAUAUAAAUCAGGUCUGGUUGUGACUGAUGAUGCUAGUGAUGAUGAUGAUAACAGGGCUUCUUUAUGCAAGAAUCUGGUAUUGGACCCCCAUCGAAGGAAAGGAAAGGGAAUGAGUUGUGGAAGACUUAAAAGCUCAAGUGAGAAAAGGAAGAAAAAAGCUAAGAAAGGAACAUCUCCAACGCGAAUAGAAAGUCGAGGUGAGUAA